GACACUGUAUGAUAGAGAAACAACGUGGCACUGUCUGCUACAAGUCCACAUCUUACUUUCUCUCUCUAUCUCUUGUUUCUUAGUGGACUGUGUUAUUAUUGUUAUUGGCACAGACCAAACCCACUUGGCUCCUUCAUUAGAUUUUUUUCUCUCUUGGAAAUUGAUGGUCAAUAGGAAACACAAUUCUCUCUUUCUCUAUCUAGAAGGACCAAUAGUGUCUUCUCUCUCCUCUUUUUCUCUCUUUCCAUUAGUAAAGACCUAAACUUUAUUUUCUUUUCUUGCUGAGUUUAAUCUCUUCUUAAAUGGGUCUAAAUCAGUUUUUCCUUUAAUUUAUUGCUUGUAGUCUUGAGAUUUUUUUUUGUCGGGUAGUCUUGAGAUUAGUCUAGUAGGUUUUGGUGGGCUAUCACUAAUACAAAGUCAAAGUCAAAAUUUUUUAAAGGUUUGAACUUAGGUAGAGAUACUUAUCAUCUUCAUUUUCUUCUCCAUAGGUUUAUGAGAAGCUAAAGCUAUGAUGAUUUCUUUAAUCAAAAUAGCUUAGGGUUUUGUAGAGAGAUUAGUGAGAAACUUUAUAAUCUUUGUUUAAGAGAGAAGUUAUAAAAAAAAAGAUUAGGGUUUUUGUUUCUUCAGAAGCUUCAAGAUCAGAAGAGAUGGAAGUUAGAGAGAAGAAAGAUGAGAAAAUGGAGAUGACAAGAAGACAAUCAUCAGCUCUAGAUCAUCAUCGUCUUCCUCCGUACACUUACCCCCAAACCGCCGACAAAGAGAAACCCACCACCAAAAGAAACGGCUCGGAACCGGAUCCGGAUCCGGAUCUUGAUACCAACCCAAUUUCUAUAGCUCCUGCUCCAAGAUCAUACGUUAGGCCUCAAACUACUUCUCCGGGGAAGGCGAGGUAUAGAGAAUGCCAAAAGAACCACGCGGCGAGCUCCGGUGGCCACGUGGUAGACGGUUGCGGCGAGUUUAUGCCAUCCGGUGAAGAGGGUACGGCGGAGUCUCUUCGUUGUGCAGCUUGUGAUUGUCAUCGGAGCUUCCAUAGAAAAGAGAUCGAUGGUUUGUUUGUUGUCAAUUUCAAUAGCUUUGGCCAUUCACAGAGGCCGCUCGUUAGCCGCCACGUGUCUCCGAUAAUGAUGAGCUUCGGUGGUGGUGGUGGUGCGGCGGAGUCAUCGACGGAGGAUCUAAACAAGUUUCACCAAUCUUUUAGUGGUAAUGGAGUGGAUCAGUUUCAUCAGUAUCAACCCAAGAAACGGUUUAGGACAAAGUUUAAUGAAGAACAGAAAGAGAAGAUGAUGGAGUUUGCUGAGAAGAUUGGUUGGAGAAUGACUAAACAAGAAGACGAUGAAGUGAAUCGGUUUUGUCGUGAGAUUAAUGUGAAAAGACAAGUGUUUAAAGUUUGGAUGCACAACAAUAAACAAGCAUCAAAGAAGAAGGAUUUGUAAGAGACUCUAUAUAUACUAUUUUUACUUCUCUUUGUUCAACAUUUCUUAGCUUAAAGACGUUGUUUACAUUUUGAAAAGGAGACUCUGUUAGAUUCA